AUGGUUCUCAUAGCUGUGAAACAUUUAGAAAAAACUAUAUCAUUAAAUGAUGUGGAUAACGUAUCUAUACUUGGUUUGGAUCAAGGUUCUAUUUUACUCUUUUCUGCGACUAUUCUUUCUCGAAAUUCUUCUACACCACGAACAAUCAUUGGUGGUGUUCAAUUAAGUGAUGGUGAUCAAAAAAUAUAUCAUCGUCAUCCAUCAUGUGUGAAAGUUACUCAUGCUAGUAUUAAUGCAACACGAUCAUUAUGUUGCUUUGUAACACGUUCAGAAUCAUAUAAUUUUGAUGUAUUUGUUGCUGAAAUUGGUGCAUCGAAUUCAGGACGUUUAUUUUCACUUAAAUUAUCACGUACAAAUCCAAUUCGAGCAUAUCUUGCUCCUUAUGAUAUCAUUUUAUUACUUUAUCGAGAUGCUGUUAGUGUAUUUAGAAUACCCUAUAAUGACAAUGCUUUGGAUAAAUCAGUGGCUGUUGAUAGAGAUGCACAAAUAAGUGAAUGUAUUUAUUAUCAAUGGGAUACUAUUCAACAACGAUUACAUGUUAUACAGAAACGUUCAUCAACAUUAAUAAAUACAAUGGUAGUAAAUGGUUUCGAUGCAUUAGUCUAUACAGCUUAUACUAUAAAUUCAAAAGGUCAAUUUGAUAGUAUUAUGAAGGUUGAUUUUGAUUUUAAAUUACCACAAUCUUCAUCAACUCAUUCAAUUUUUGAAAUUUUAUCAAAUGAUACUAAUCUUUUUUUGUGUUGGCAAUCUGCAUUGAAAAAAGAAACUGAACAAGUUGAAUAUGCAGUUGUUUCACUUGGUCAUGGUCGCAGUCUUUAUGUAUCUAAACCAUUAAAUCAAGAACAAUGGGAAAUAUUUCAAUCACGUAAAGUUCAUUUUGGUCUUCUUGAUGGUGAUUAUGUUUUUGCUGUUUUACGUGGUGAAUUUAUUCAUUUACUUAAUUUUAAUGUUCAAUUAAAUUUUCUUAAUCAUCUUUUUUUUUCUAAUAAUAAAAUUAAUUUACCAUAUGAUACAAAAUAUACUACUCAACGUGGUCUUAUUACAAAAACAUCAACAUUACUUUAUGAAAAAAAAAAUCUUUUUACAUAUACUAUUGAAAUGUGUCCAGAGGAACUUAUUAAAGCAAUUUCAUCAACAAAUAUGGAAUCAAUUAUUGCAUAUUCAUUUGUUGCAGCAAAACAUAAUUCUAUUUCAGAACAAAUACUUAAACAAAUUUUAUUACAUAUGUAUGAUGAUUUAAAUACAAAAGCAUAUCUCAAAGAAAUUCUUACUGCAUUAAUCUUUCUUCGUCUUUCAAAACGAAUUCAUCAUAAUAAAUAUGCCUUAGUUUUUCCAGCAACAACAAUCAAUCAUCGUCAUACAAAUAAUAUAGAAGUAUCAAUUCGUGCAUUUGCUCAUCGUCGUGAACACAGUCCUGAACAUUGUGGAAUAAUAAAUAUUGAUAAAGAAUAUUGUGAUAAAUUUCGAUCAUUAUUUGAUUUUUCUCGGAAAUAUCGUCAUAGAGUUUCAUAUUAUCAUCCAAUAAUGCCAAGCAAUGAUGAUAAUGAAUUUAAAAAUGAUAUUUCAAAUGCAACUUCAUCACCACUACUAGAACGACGAUCAUCAAGUCCUGGAGUUUUUUCUUUAAGAAGAAAACGUGAAUCAACAUCAUUAUCUACUGAUACUAAUAUCAAUGAUAAUCCAAAAUCUUUUAUAUUAUUAGAUCCAAAAAAUAAAUUUCUUUUCAAUAAUGUUUCACAUGAAAUUCAGCAACUUCAUGUAAAUUGGGAACAAGGACGAAUCAAAGAACUUGCAUUUGAAUAUGUUCAAGCUACACAAGAUCAAUGUGAUAAUUUAAUUAAAUCAUUUACAGAUCUUGCCAAGUUUGAUCGAACACAAGCAUUAAUUGAUGAUGAUAAUGUACCGUCAUCAAUAAAAUACCAAUCACUUCUUGUAGUAAUUGAAAAAUUAUAUUUAGCUAUGGAUGAACUUGGAUUUUCACCUACGACUGAACUUCAACGAAUUUUACUUGAAAUAUCAUUUCGUGUUAUGCCAUUUGAUCGAUUUGUUGCUGCUAUUGAUCAAAAUAUUCUUACAUUAACAGAAGAAUUUGUUUCAAAAGUUAUUCUUGAAUUAGAUGAUGAUCCGAAAUCAUAUGCAAUGAAAGAACAACUUAUUUUUAUGUUACCAAAUAUUAAUUCGGAUUUACAUUCACGCUUAUUUGCUUUAAUAAAAAAUGAUCGUGCUAAACGAAUGACUGCGCAAUUACUUGUCACUCGAAGUUUUUCGACAGAUAGUAGAAGUAGGAAUACAACAGCUUAUGCUAGUUCAACGUCACAUGAAAUUGAUGAAAUGAUGGAUAUUAAUAGCAAUCAAAAUGGUACUAAUACUCAUAGUAGACUUGUUGAACAAGCUGUAGUCACCUUCUUUCGUGAUUGUAAUCAACGAGGAAUAUUGGACGAAGAUGAAAUGAGUCUAGUUAAAACUGGACUCUUUUCUUUGGCUUCAUCAGCACCAUAA